GCUCAUUCGAGUCUUCAGAGUCACAUUUAGCAUCCCGCAUACCGCAAAUGGUCUCUGCUACAGACGCUCCUCUCGGCAUCAAUCUUCGCCAGUCUAAUAUCCUCCUCUUCGAAGGUGACAAGCAAGUUGACAAUGGAUCGGUAUCGAUAACUGAGAGUUCGUUUUCUUGGGAGGGCCAGACACAUCAGUUCUCUGUUCCGUAUCAUCAGAUCACCCUGCACGCUGUUUCUAAAACCUCUUCCAUGACAUCCGGGGAUAUGUUUUCAAACUCAUCGGCAUUCCCACAUCCACAUCUACUCAUCAUGAUAGACGGCGAUCGUUUGUGGAGCAGUCCCUCUCCGCACCACCAAACAGUAGCCAACGGAGACGAGCCCAUGUUGACAGACAAUAUGGAUGAUUCCGAUGGCGACGUGGACGGCGACUCAGAGGAUCGCGCUUCGGAUUGUCCAGGUGUAACUACCUUGUUACGCUUAGUCCCCUCUGACCCCGCCGUACUGGAUACCAUGUAUUCUGUUUUAUGUGAAUGUCAGGCGCUCAAUCCAGACCUCUCUGACGGACUUUCGGAAUCGGAUUUGGAGCAGCUGGAUGAGACCGAAGAAAAUGAGUAUGUUGAUGGAGAUGAUGAAGAUGGCGAGUUGGAUACCGAACAAUUUGCCGAUAACUAAUGCCUUUAUUGUUACUACGCUUGCACAUUUGUACCGUCUUCAUUAAGUAUGGUUUUGUUUCUGAAUCACUGUACAAAUGAACCGGUUGUUUACCCUA